GCCUCAGACAGCAGAUCUGGGCUAUUCUCGGCUACAGGAGCGGCUGCUCCAAUGCCCCAGAGCGGCCAUGGGCGCCCCGCACUGGUGGGACCAGCUGCAGGCUGGUAGCUCGGAGGUGGACUGGUGCGAGGACAACUACACCAUCGUGCCUGCCAUCGCCGAGUUCUACAAUACGAUCAGCAACGUCUUGUUUUUCAUUUUACCGCCCAUCUGCAUGUGCUUGUUUCGUCAGUAUGCCACAUGCUUCAACAGUGGCAUCUAUUUAAUAUGGACUCUCCUAGUAGUAGUUGGAAUUGGAUCUGUCUAUUUCCAUGCAACCCUAAGUUUCCUGGGUCAGAUGCUCGAUGAGCUUGCAAUCCUUUGGGUUCUGAUGUGUGCUCUGGCCAUGUGGUUCCCCCGAAGGUAUCUGCCAAAGAUCUUUAGGAAUGACAGGGGCAGAUUCAAGGCGGUGGUCUGUGUCCUGUCUGUGGUUACAACAUGCCUGGCGUUUGUCAAGCCCGCCAUCAACAACAUCUCUCUGAUGACUCUGGGGGUUCCUUGUACUGCGCUGCUCAUCGCAGAGCUGAAGAGGUGUGACAAUGUACGUGUGUUUAAGCUGGGCCUCUUCUCGGGCCUGUGGUGGACCCUCGCCCUCUUCUGCUGGAUCAGUGACCGGGCCUUCUGUGAGCUGUUAUCAUCCUUCCACUUCCCCUACCUGCACUGCGUGUGGCAUAUCCUCAUCUGCCUUGCUGCCUAUCUGGGUUGUGUGUGCUUCGCCUACUUCGAUGCCGCCUCAGAGAUCCCUGAGCAAGGGCCGGUCAUCAAGUUCUGGCCCAGUGAGAAAUGGGCCUUCAUCGGCGUCCCCUAUGUGUCCCUCCUGUGUGCCAGCAAGAAGUCACCAGUCAAGAUCACAUGAUGUCAAGGCAGUGGCUGGCUUCUCUGCUUGUUUUCCUUCACACACUGGGCUUCGUUUGCUAGCAAGGGCAGCCAAGAGGGUUCUAAGAAUUGGUGUAGGGUGUAUCUUUUAAAAAUUAUGUUCCCUUGGGCUCUAACUAGUGUGUGUCUGGACUGCUAGGGUCCCACUGUGCCCCGGGAGAAGACGGGAAGCAGAGGGCAUAGGGACACUAGGUGAACUUUCUCAGCGUCACUUCCAGAUGCACUGGUGUGUUGGGCUUCAUUCUUCAUGGUGGUGGCAGAGCAGUCCCUUGGGGGAUCCAGGGCUACCCAGUGCUUCUUUCUGGAGAAAGCUGGCCUGCUCCAGACGCCACCCUCCCAGGCACUCUUGGAGUGGACUCUUGACAGACCGACUCUCCGACUCUCUAAUGGAAGGUGCCAGAGAUGUUCAUUUGGGGAAACUGUCUUUCAACCAAACCAAACAAAACACACACAGGGCUGUGGCUCCAAAGGCUAGUUUUUCACUUACACCUCUCAACUAACCCUGGUUGCACAUGUACUGUGAGUCCUUUUACUACUACCUCUGCUGAGAGAUGGAGACUUCACUUCAGAGAGGGUGAAGCUAAUGACUAACUCUCUAUGCCAAAAACUGCACUCCACUUUAAGCUGUUCUUGAAGAUGAGCACAACUUAUAAAUGUUGACAUCGUUUCUGCCCGCCUCCUCCAGCCCAGUGGCUUCAAAUACACAGAGAAGAAUAGCUAUGGUGUUAAGAUUCCAUACACAGCCCACCCUCCCUACCGUUUGAUUACCAAAAGGGCUCCAUGAAGUUUUUUCAAACUUUCUCAUUUAAAGUCUCCAGUAUACUAUACUGUUUUGGAAAUUACCUUUAAAGGUCUCACCUCUGACUUUCUCGGAUAAAUCCUGUGGGAAUUAUGCUCCACACUCUCACAGUACAUGGUGCUUCCUGUGGUUUUAUCAGAGCAUUGGCUCACUUUUCUCAGAUAUUGGCAAUAAUCACACACUGAUUGGCUGGUGCAGGGGGGCAAAUCUUGCCUUCUGGGUUUUUCUCACCUGGCUGCAAUGAGUCACUGUGCUCCAAUGACACCAGGACUGUCUUCAGGGCAGCAGAUGGGCAUUACCAACCUCAGGGACUCUCAUUUUAACUCAGGCAUCCUCUGCUUUGUAACAUUCCUGGUUGGGAGAAGGCAGGACAGAUAGGCCAUUCUGUCCUUUUCCUAUGGGUAGGAGUCAUGUCACUGUGUUGAAGGUCUAAGUUUUGGGAGCAGCAGUGUUUGGCAUGUCUAGGAACUCUUCCUCUAGUUAAGAGUUUGCAUAGGAUUCGAAGUGAAAGGCCAAUAUGUAACUGAGUUCAGAGUUUAAAAAGAAUAAUUGUAUUCCACUUGGGUGGUUUUCAAAUUUUACAUGUAACUCACUGGAUUAUUUCCUGUU